AUGAACAAACCGGAAGAACACUGCAUUGGAACCUGGACCUGGAUUGAAGCAAAGCUGCGAACUGGAACAAGACUCUGGAUUAAGACAAGUAAAUUGGUCAAAAGUGUACACUUAAUUUGGUGGGCAAAUUCACACUUUGUCCCAAAUUUCUGCUCUCGGGAUUUGUCAAGUGGUUCAUUCAGUUCACUAUGGCACGACGGGGUUUGGUUUUGGUAUAGCUCAUUCAAAAAUAUUGUCCUAAAUCUGGAAAAUUGGAAAACUGGAAAACAGUCAGAUUUGCUUUCUAUUUUGAAGUUGCCACAGAAUUCUUUAAAUUGCCACAGAAUUUUAUUGAAUUACUACAAAAUCUAUGGCAAAAUGAUCCAAAAUUGCCACAAUUUUCCUCCAGCUAUACGAUAUUUAAAAUGCCUUGAAGACGUAAAAGUCCUAAUUCUUUAUUUGGACAUUAUGGCAAUUUGA